GCCUCAGCAUCUGCGCCCCAGGUUUGGAUCCCAGAGCACAGCCUGGGUGGAACCGGGGCUGCUGGUGUACCACCAUUAUCCCCAACACUCCUGUUCAGAAGAUGGGUGAGGAAAGUGGAAAGUCUAAUCAGUCAGCCGAUGACCAGUGGGAAAAAUGAGCUACAAGAUCACCUGAUCUUCAUCAGUGAGAAAGCUUUGCACAAGAGGAUCUGCUAGAAAUACUUCAACCCAAAAGUCCAAAAUCACUAAGCAGAAAUCAAAUAUAAAUGAACUAGAAGAAUUGAAUUUGGAUAUGAGGAAGAUCAGUAAUGACAUGGAGGAAAUGUGUGGAAUCCUGGACCUUUACAUGUAUGAGGAUUUGAACUACAGGGUCUGCUAGAAAUACUUCAACCCAAAAUUCCAAAAUGACCAAGAAGAGAUCAAAAAUAAAUGAACUAGAAGAACUGAAAUUGGAUAUGAGGAAGAUCAGCAAUGACAUGGAGGAAAUGUGUGGAAUCCUGAACCUUUACAUGUAUGAGGAUUUGAACUACAGGAUGAACACUGAAUUCAACAUCAUUAAAUCACAACAUGAGAAGACAAUGUUGGAUAUGAAUAAAAUGAUCCAGUCCAUAAUUGGUUCCAUGCAGUACUCCAAGGAACUGAUAGAAGAUAACUAUUCCUACAGCAUUAAGGAGGACCACCUCCUCCGUGAGUGCACUCAACUCAACGAAAACGUAAGGAUAUUACUGAAUGAGAACAGAAGGCUGCUGGUGGAGCAGGCUGGCCAUAAGUGUCCUGUGGGGAAGAAAAGAGGUUCUGUGAGGAGGCCAGCAAGAACAUCUGUGUCCCAAGUGCCAAGGAACAGCAGUCCAGCAGAAAGCAGAACAUGGCACAGACCAGGACAUGAUCUCCCUCAAAGAGAAGUGCUGGAGGAAGAGCACUGAGUGUGCACAGGAAAUACACCACUGUUGCCUCUCAUCCCUAAUAACCAUGGCUGUAAUGGGCUGUAUGCUCCUCUUUUAUUUUGUUUCUUUGGUAUGAACAGGCCUUAAUUUCAUCUAGCCUCUGGCCCAGGAAGAGUGCACAUUUAAAGGGACUCAGAGAAAUGCUGAGACACAUCAAGAGCUGCUGGGCAUCCAGGAAGAUUCUGAGAGUUUAUAUUUAUCUUUUCCUGAUGGGUCAUCAUCAAUAAUUACAUGGAGAUCAGUCAACAAAAUUGUAAAACCUUGGAUCCAAGUCUACAACAUGUGUUCUGCUUUGACUUGGGAGGCCAUAUCCUUCAGACCCACACUCCAAAAGGAGAGUGUUGCUUAAAUUUCUCCUGCAAAGUUUGUUACCUCCAGGAACUACUUUUCUACUAAGUUGCGAAGGACAGCCACAGGCUGUAAGUCUGUGCUACAAAAUGAGCAGACUAAGAAUUUUGCUUUGCACAAUUUUUGUGGUUUGAUUUUGGUUUGAGUUUUGAUUAGUUUAGUUAUAUGUUUUUUCUUGUUUUCAUUCAAAGUUUUGUUAUUUAUUGGUUAUUUAUUGUUCUUUUAAUUAAUUUGAUAUUUUGAUAAGGUUAUACACAGUACAUAUUGACUGUCAGCUUUCAGUUACAAUUGAGUACAUUGCAUUUUUUCUUAUGACUAACACAGUGAUCUCCAACUCUUCACUCUAAGAGCCUUGUUAUUUCAGUUGUGAUCAUGAAAUCCCACAGAUAUCAGACCCAGAUGGAUCUCUGCACUCUUCAUGGGACUUGGGCUCCAUAGUUUCUUCUGAGCCGGACUUAACUACAAAGUCCUUCAUACAUUCAGUAUGGAGAGUUUGUCCAACUGUCUGGAUAGGAACUUAAUGAUGGAAAACUUACCCAUGCUGCAUCGUUGCUGUCAAAUAUUUAGCUACUGUGAAAAUCCUGUGGAUGAUGGUGUUGAACGCAUUAAUGGCAAAUACAUCAGUAUUUCUGUAAUAGCUCUCAUUAAAUCAAAGCAUAGUCUAAGGGAAUAAAAAGCUGUCAGAAAA